UUUUUAUCAAUGUGAAAGAUAAAGCUGUGCAAUAGUAAUAAAUGAACGUCUGUAUGAGCGUGUUAAUCACUUGAUUCUUACGCGUUGGGUAAAUAUCACCAUGGAAAUGAACGAAGAUUCCCAGGUGGUUUCCUUGCAGGAAUGUCGCAGAUUUAUAACGGAAUGCAUGAUCGCCGUUGGGGUUCCCGAAUGUCAUGCAAACGCUCAAAGCGACCUCCUUGUAGAAGCCGAUUACAGAGGCCAUUACAGUCAUGGCAUGAACCGUUUAGACCAUUACGUAAAGGACGUGCAGACAGAGUGGACCGACAAGUUAGCCGUCCCAAAGGUGUUGGCGGAAACGCCUGCGACCGCAUGGGUGGAUGGACAGAACGGACUUGGUGCGAUUGUCGGUAAUUUUUGUAUGGGUAUUGCUAUUAAAAAGGCAAAAAACGUCGGCGUCGGAUGGGUCUGUGCGAGAGGCGCUAAUCAUUACGGUAUUGCCGGCAUUUACGCCAUGCAAGCGGCACGAUUUGGUUUAAUCGGUAUGAGUUUCACAAACACAUGUCCAAUCACUAACAGCACCCGUAGCAAAAAACCCGCAAUUGGUGUAAACCCAUUAGCCUUUGCCGCAUCUAGUAGCAAUGAUAGCUUUGUGUUAGAUAUGUCCACUUCUACUGUAGCUGUUGGAAAGAUCGAAAUGAAAAAAAGAAAGCAAGAAAAGUUGCCAGAAGGAUGGGCUUUAGACCACGAAGGGAACAUUACAGAUGAUCCAAAGGUAGCGUGCGAGGCGCAACAUUUGCUACCUUUAGGUGGAACAGAGCUUAAUGGUGGCUACAAAGGUUUCGGAUUGGGGGUGAUGGUUGAAAUGUUAACGGGAAUUUUAGCGGGUAGCAAUUACGCCGAUCGUAUACCUCCCUACAAUCUUUUUUCAAAGGAUCGCCCCAGAGAUCUCGGGCAAUGCUUUAUCGCCGUGGACCCCAAGUGCUUUGCUCCGGGAUUUGAAGAUCGUUUAGAUGAUUUAUUGGAUUCCAUUCGUAAUUUGGAUCCGUCGAAUCCUGAAAAACCGGUGAUUGUCGCAGGAGAUCCAGAACGAGAACAUAUGGCGGAAGUGAAUCGCAUUGGGGGUAUACGAUUUUGCAAGGAUCAACUGGAAUCGUGUUCGAAACUGGCCGCGUCUUUAAAAGUAGCUCCUUUAAAGUUUAAGUGAAACGUAUUGCAAUUAUCCAAAUUUACACUUGACUUGACACCUUAACCUUUAUGCAAUAUGAAUCAUGGAUACAAGGUGUUGAUCUAUCAGAUAUGAAAUACCUAAUCGAUUCAAUCCUGUUUUUUGAAAAUUUUACUUGUUCAGAAACGCAUUUCUCCUUCAUCCAGGAUAAUACAAACAAACAAUACCAACAGGACAAUCAGCAAUGAGGGGCGCUUGCUAUAUUUUUCUCAAUUUUCUUGAGAGUCGAUUGUAAUAUGUACUUUUUAUUAUAUAACAGUAGGUACUAAAGGACAAUGACUUACCAUAAACGCCAC